AAAUUGUAGAAUGCCGCGUUGUUGUUUUUGAACACCUCGGAACAAGGGAUGGUGGAACACUUUGGAACAGAACCGAUUAGAAGUCGGUUGUCAAAAGUCAAAACGUCAGAAAUAUAUAAUAAUUCGUUUUACGAAUAGUGAAUACGGUGCCAAGCAAUGGUCUGAGAACACGGUUCAGUGAAGAUGUUGCCUGAAGGAGAGGCAAAUGUUGAAGAUAUGACAGAAGGUAUGAAUUUUACAGGGGGAGAAAAUCAACCUACUACUGGAGACGAGAUUCAAACCGAAGCAACAGAACCAGUGACAGUGCAAGGUGGAAUAUUACAAGAUGGUUUAACCGAAAUUAUACCCCAGACAAUUGCUGGAACGAAUCAGGAUGUUAUCACGAUUCACGGUUCUAGUCAAGGAGAAAGUAGCGAUGCUGCUAGUAUUCAUACUGCUAGUACUUCUGUUUCCGGAAAUGAAUCAACUUCGAGUAGAGUGAGUGCAGUCACGGUAGUAUUACCUUGGGGUGCCCAAAAAGAAACAGUAAGACCACAGCAAAUAGGAGACAUGGACAUGCGACCUGGGGAGUAUGUGAUGAGAACACUGUUUGCAGAUUUUACUAUGCAGGCUGAAAAGAAAAUGGAAGCAGUGAUGACAGAGCCGCAGGAGAAGUCUCUGUCAAAAGUUUUACAAAGAGGAGAAGAUCCACAAUUUGAUCAAUUACUCUCAGCUUUUGGCUCGGUUGCCGAGCAUUGCCUUCCAUCUAUAUUGCGAGCACUUUUUAACUGGUAUGAGCGCCAGCUUGUCGAUCAUGGAACUGAGCAGAAAAAACCAACAGCUGGAAAAGAAGAUCAGAGAGGAAAAAGCAUUAUGUACACCAUAGUAUCAGGAAGUGUGGAAACUGUAGAAAGAAGUGAAGCUGAUUUAUUGCAAGAGCGGAGAGAUCUAGCUGUGGAAUUCAUUUUCUGUUUAAUGCUCAUCGAAGUUCUUCGUCAACUUCCCUUCCAUCCAGGUCACGAAGAUCUUGUAUCCCAUAUUGAGCACAUUGCUUUCAAGCAUUUUAAAUACAGAGAGGGGAUACAAAAUGAACCAAAUGCUGCUAAUAUCCAUAUAAUAGCUGAUUUGUACGCUGAGGUGAUAGGAGUAUUAGCUCAAUCUAGAUUUAUGUCUGUGAGAAAACGUUUUAUGGUCGACUUGAAAGAGCUACGUGCCAAAGAACCUGGAACACACACCACGCAAAGUAUCAUCUCUCUUCUUAUGGGAAUGAAGUUCUUCAGAGUCAAGAUGGUUCCAAUCGAGGAGUUUGAAGCAUCCUUUCAAUUUAUGCAAGAAUGUGCUCAGUACUUCUUGGAAGUGAAAGAUAAAGACGUGAAACAUGCCCUUGCUGGAUUAUUUGUUGAAAUUUUGGUCCCAGUCGCGGCGGCCGUUAAGAACGAGGUUAAUGUUCCAUGUUUGAAAAAUUUCGUGGAAAUGUUGUAUUCCACAACCCUAGACAUGUGUACCAAAUCCAAACAUCGUUUGGCUUUGUUUCCUCUCGUUACCUGUUUGCUUUGCGUUAGUCAGAAGACAUUUUUUCUCCAGAACUGGCAUUACUUUCUCGCCAUGUGUCUCUCGCAUCUAAAGAAUCGAGAUCCAAAAAUGUGCAGGGUUGCACUGGAGGCAUUAUAUCGUUUACUGUGGGUAUACAUGAUUCGCAUAAAAUGUGAAAGUAAUUCAGCUACGCAAAGUAGACUUCAAAGUAUAGUUCACUCUCUAUUUCCAAAAGGAUCGAAAGCAGUAGUUCCUCGUGAUACCCCGUUGAACAUAUUUGUCAAGAUAAUACAGUUCAUCGCUCAAGAGAGACUGGAUUUUGCCAUGAGAGAAAUUGUGUUUGACCUGUUGUCUGUUGGUCGCCCUAUAAAAAUAAUUCUAACACCGGAGCGAAUGAGUAUUGGUUUGAGAGCUUUCCUUGUAGUUGCUGAUAGUCUUCAGCAGAAAGAGGGAGAACCUCCAAUGCCCCGCACUAUGGGUGUAUUACCCAGUGGCAAUACGAUGCGAGUUAAAAAGACGUUCCUAAACAAGAUGUUAACAGAGGACACAGCCAGGAGUAUUGGUAUGUCCUCGUACUUUCCAUAUGUGAGACGUGUCUUUGUGGAUAUUUUGCGGGCACUAGACGUGCAUUAUGGGCGACCACUCAUGAUGACCAGUACCCAGAAUGUAAAUAAAGAGCCUGAUGAAAUGAUAACUGGAGAAAGAAAGCCUAGAAUUGAUUUAUUCAGAACAUGUGUGGCUGCGGUCCCUCGACUUAUUCCCGAUGGCAUGACUGGCGCUGAAUUAGUUGACUUACUCGCACGACUAACUGUUCAUAUGGAUGAAGAGCUACGAGGCUUGGCCUAUCAAAGUCUACAGACGCUGGUCCUUGAUUUUCCUGAUUGGAGACAAGAUGUUAUCCUUGGAUUCACACAAUUUCUUGCCAGGGACGUGCAGGAUACUUUUCCGCAGUUAGUAGACAACGGCUUGAGAAUGUUGUUGCAACUAUUAACGAGUUGGAAAAAUGCCUUGUUCAGCCCAAGUGUAAGAGCUAAGGAUCAGCCUGCAGAAACGAUGAGGACUUCUGUUCGUGCUGAAGUUCAAACCAAAAAAAGUGAAUCUACACAGAAAAUCGAGUCUGGGUCCAGCGUUUUUCAUUUAGUUGAAGGAUUUGCUUUGGUCAUGCUGUGCAAUUGUAGAUUGUAUCCCCGUAGAUUGGCCGUUCACAUACUCCGUGAAGUCAAGCUGCUCUUAAAGACCCUAGGUGGUCUCGAUGACGAUCAACCUGUAAUAGAUGUAGUAGAUGCUUGCUGUCCUGCCGUAUUAGAAAAAUGUUAUCACAUGCUUCCCCCUGGAGAAAAGGCUGCGGCAACAUCAACGUCAAAUGUAGAUCUGCAAUGGAUUGCCGAUAGAAGUACCUGUGUGUGGACUGCAGGGUUCCAUGAUGAAAAUAACACCAAAAGCUCUUCAACUCUGAAUCUUAAUGGUGCUGAUCCGUGGAGCAGCUGUUUGUUUGCUUUCCUCGAAAGAGACCGAGUGCUUACUUUGUGUCCCAAUGCAGUGGCUCAUUCGUGGCCUAUUGUAUUCACAAGGAUAAACUCGUUAUUCACGGUCGUUGAUCCGACGCCAGUUAACGAUAACAGAGCGUCACUGUUGCGAAGUUCAACCGCUGUCAGGAAACCUGUGAAUGAAAGGGAUGUUUAUAUGCAUGUCUGGAAGAAUUAUUUGACAUUUGGCUACAGAGUUGUGCCUCCGAUACCUAGUCCAAUUGUACGAUGCGCCAGCCCAGAUCUGAGCUUAAGUGGUCAGCAAACGGUGGAGUUUGGUGUGUUAUGCAUGAGUAAGGAGUUGAGUCAGAGCCUGGAGAACCUCGGCGGGGCGCAGACCCUGCCGAGCCGCUUCUCUGUCCCUUCCAUAUCCGGCAUCUACACGAGGCAUAAGCGGACCAGCUCAUCGCCUGACAGUCUCUCUGCCGAGCGAGGCGAUAAUAAAUCUCCUGGAGCAAAUGCCAGCCCAGCAGCACUCUAUAAACUUACAGUACCCUUACUUCGAGUCGAAGCUAUGGAUGUCAGAGAUGCUGCUGUUCAAGCGAUUGGAAAAGUCAAUCCUGAUGCUUUAAAAGAUUUGAUGGAGGAACUGGUGCCCUAUAUUCGUGAAGCUGUAGAUAGAAAACAAGAAAAUAUGAGGAGAAGACGACGACGAGAUGCUCUGAGGCUGCAACUCGUCAGAGUAUUAGAAUUGAUUGCAGAAUACGGGACAUUUGGAAUUUGUCCUUCGGUUUUGGAUCGUGAAACGCAAUCUUUACAUCCAACCUUUGUAGAAUACAUGGAUGGCGCACGUUUGUAUUUAGAGAACGAAACGGACAAGGAGGCUCCGGCAGUCCGAGAUAUUAAGCUACAUUUCUGCAAUUUUAUUAGAAAAAUGAUAAAGAGCUUUUCACUUGAAACCUGUCACACGCUUUUGAAAAGAGAUCUCCGCAGCAAUUUAUUUACAUUAUUUGCUACAUGGGCUGGGCCUUAUGGAAGACCAUUAACCUGUAGUUCCACUGCUCAUGAAGAGGAGAAGUUUUGUUCCGAACUCCAGCUCUCAGCGCUACAAGCAAUGAGUGGAUUAUUAUGCUGUGGACCUUGUUUUAAUCCCCAAACAUUAUCGGAGGAAGGAGCGAUAUUGUAUCAGUGGCUCGAUUUGCUGCUGGCCAGCAAAGAUGAAAAGAUCUACGCUUUGGCUCGUGAAACGGUCGUUUUACUUUUGGAAGGAAAUCCAGACAUUGGAGCUCUUCUCGACUGGGUUGUAGAUCGUUGUUACACCGGUGCCCCGCAAGUUGCAGAUGGAUGCUUUCUGGCUCUCGCCACUAUCUUUAGCGCAAGAGAAUACCCAUGCGAUCAUUACACCAGUAUUAUAAACGUAACACUUAUGAAUACCGGGUGUCCGAGAGCUCCGGUGCACGACGCAGCUCUCCAACUUCUUCAACUUUUGGAUCAACGUUUCUUCGGAAAUGUCGGACCGCUGCCUGCAGCCGACGCCGAAGCUGGGAAGUUCGCGAGUACCCUAAGCAAUUUAGUGGCGAUUACAGGGCAGGAAGAAUUGACCGUGGGCACCUCCGCGGUAGGGGUUCCCCCGGGAACGGCGAGUCCAGGUGGAGUUUUGACCGUCGGUAGCAGUCGCGUUGGGACCCUAGACGCUCUUCUUUCCGCCUCGUAUUGCCGCAGCCAGAUGUACCUGUCGCGACAAUUGGCGCAGUUGCAUCCGAAACUUACGAUGCCGAUGUUCAGCGAGAUCACACACAGAUUUCAGACCGCUAGACGUGAAGUUCGACAAUUACUGCUUCAGUAUCUUCUUCCUUGGCUUCACAACAUGGAAUUGGUGGAUCCUAAUGUACCACCGCCCUCCAAUCCCCUCAGCUAUUAUCAGUAUUACGCAAGCGACGUCACACGAGGACCUCGAAGAGAAGGAUGGGGUAGUGCUGAGGCUACGGAGAUGGUUUUGAAUAAUUUAUUCUACAUAACUGCAAAGUUUGCUGACGAACAUCCGAAGGAAACCGAAGAAUUGUGGGCAAUGUUAUGCGGCUGUUGGCCAAAUAAUUUGAAAGUCAUUAUCCGCUACCUGAUCAUUGUUUCCGGAAUGGCUCCUCAAGAGCUACUUCCAUACGCUAAGCGUGUAGUUCUUUAUUUGGCGAGGGCUCGUCCUGAUCGUCUUUUGGACGAAAUGAUGACGGAAUUGCAAACGGUUGAAACGUUGAACUGUCUCAUAGAACGAACGGAAACACCUCCGUUCUACAGGCUUACCAGCAUGCGGAAGGCCUCUUCUCACAGCGAUGCACCCGCUGCAGAUCCGGCAAACCCUUCGAGAGAUUUGGCCGUAGAAAAGGGUACCAUACACACAAAACGACAUUCCGGAGAAGAUCCCAUAAAGACAGGAGGUUCGAAAUCUGACACUGCCCUACGAGCCUUGGCUGGAUUUCCAACGCCACGUGUUGAGAAAACAAGAACGUCGAGUGGUCCAGCGGGACUUCCGGAUGAUUUGUCUACGCCUACGACCGAGGCUGAGCUUACUACCGACGAGACUUGCUACAUCCCACGCAACCCAGUCGGUGGAAUCAACAAAGUUAUUUGCCCAGGGGAAAAAUUUGACAUCCCUCAACCACAUCCGUUACCCAUGCCGGAGUAUGGAGGCUACUUCGCACCUCUCACCGAAUAUCUCCCCGACAGUUCACAGCCUAUCAGUGGGUUCCACAGGUGCAACAUUGCAGUGAUGCUGCUCACCGAUGUGGUUGUUGACGGAGUUGAACUUGAUUGGGCAAUUCACGUGCCGUUGAUGCUUCACAUUGUAUUUUUGGGCCUCGAUCAUUCGAGACCGUUAGUGCGGGAUCAUUGCAGAUGUCUUCUGCUGAACCUUUUGGUCGUCCUUGGAGAUCAUCGAGACCAUUUAGGAGUCGCCCGAGUGCUUCUUGCGUCUCGUACGGAACAACUCGGACUCGGACUGACCACACCAGCGUUACCAGUUCUUAAGCAUAACUUUACCGAAGUUGAUCAAGAGUUCGACAGUUACCUGUUUGUACCACCCCCUCAGCCAACCAACGCUGCCGUACCUCAAUCAGUUGCCGAAGACUCCAAGGAAUUUAUUGUUCCAGUGUUUGAAACUUCAGCAGCUAGCAGCAGCACCUCCUCUGUAGGCUCGACCGGUACAGUACCCGUUAUUGUUACGCCGGAAGAUUGUGCCAACUGGACAGGUCCACAACCCGGGCCUAAUAUGCCUAUUCAAGAUGUAAUUAAGUCACUGAUCAACUUCCUGGCCUCUAGAACAAAUCAACCGCUGUGGAAUUACGAAGACAUGACUGCCAAAGUUUGGUGGGUACGAAGUGCGGAGCAAUUAACUGUGUUGUUACGUCAUGUAUUGCGCGUAUUCAGAGACUCUCUUCCGCACGCGCUUGUUAGCCAAAGAUGGGCGCAAACUGCUCUACAACUAGGUCUUUCUUGUUCAUCUCGACACUAUGCUGGAAGAUCUCUACAAGUUUUCAGAGCAUUACGCGUCCCUAUUACCUCUAGAAUGCUCUCAGAUAUUUUGUCAAGACUUGUUGAGACUGUUGCUGAACAAGGAGAAGACAUGCAGGGAUACGUUACAGAGUUGUUAUUGACACUUGAAGCGGCGGUGGAUUCACUCGAAUCUGACUUCAGGCCUCUAGACUUUAUGAAAGAGAUUUUCAAGUCAACGCCAAAUCUGAAUAACAAGGAUCCUGUGUCAGGGAUUAUCAUUGGUGGCAAGCGUAGUCCGGGGGGUGGAAAUUUUUAUCCGCCAGGUCCUUUUUUCUCACAACUUAAUCAGGGUGGUCACACUCGGAGCACAAGUUAUUCAGUGAGCUACUGCAUGAGAAAAUCGAGCGGAAGUCCGGCAACCGAUUCCAAAGAGCUGGAAAAUCGAACUGGUUGCAACAAAUAUCCAAAUUCCAAUCUCUCGAGAUCCAGAUCGGCGCAGUCUUUAAAACUUUUGGGCGAUUCAGCAACUCAAGAUGACAAAAUGACCAUAUUGGCGCAGUUAUUCUGGCUCUCUGUAUCCCUUUUGGAAUCCGAUUACGAACACGAAUUCCUCCUUGCUCUGAGACUCCUGAGCAGGGUGCUGCAUAGAUUACCACUAGAUCGUCCAGAUGCUAGAGACAAAGUGGAGAAGCUGCAGCAACAAUUGAGAUGGAACUCUUUUCCAGGUGUUCAUGCGUUAUUGCUAAAGGGGUGUACUAGCCCUAAUACUUAUGAACCAGUGGUCACCUUAUUAUCACAAUUCACUCCUUUGCUCGAUCUGCCAGUCGUUGAUCCAACGCAGAGUUUGGCAUUUCCAAUGAAUGUAGUCUCAUUACUGCCGUACAUGCUUUUAAAUUAUGAGGAUGCCAACGAGUUGUGCAUCAGAAGUGCCGAAAAUAUUGCACAAGUAAGUUCUGAGAAAGGUAAAAAAUUGGAGAACUUGGGAACGGUGAUGACACUGUAUAGUCGUCGUACUUUCAGCAAGGAAAGUUUUCAAUGGACAAAAUGUGUCGUUAAAUAUCUGUACGACACUUACGCUCAUCUCAGUUUCAACAUGCUCGCAUUUCUGAUAGAAGUACUCGAAAAAGGGCCAGCUAGUGUCGCAUUACCAGUUCUCAGCAUCAUACACUGCAUGCUCCACUACGUCGAUCUCGCUUCUCAGGCUGCACAGCCCAUCAACACAGAGCUCUUGAGAGUAAUUUCUAAAUAUGUCGAGGGCACGCAUUGGAAAGAAGCUCUGAAGAUACUGAAACUCGUUGUAACGAGAUCGUCAACUCUUGUUGCACCGCCUAUAUCACUCCAUGGCUCGUCAUGGGAAUCAUCACUUGUUUCGCCGCACCCCAGUUUCACGGAUACUGAAAUUUUUACGAAAAAGGAACUACCUGGGAGAACUAUGGACUUUACUUUCGAUCUAUCCCAGACACCGGUAAUUGGUAGAUGUUGGCUAAUACGUCAAAUUGGGGAAGACAAAUCAGUGACAUCACCACGUCGCUCUCUGUCUCUUUCGCCAGCUGAUAGCAGCGCAAUUGCUGGCUGGAAACGACCGUGGAUGUCUCAGGGACGAGUGAGGGAAUGCUUGGUGAAUUUGUUGACAACUUGCGGACAGCGGGUCGGACUACCUAAGAGCCCAUCGGAUGAACAUAUUAGCUCAAUGACAUUAUACAGCAAGGUGAUAUUCAGUCAAAGUUCGGACCUAAUGGAGAGGCAGUCUUCGAUGGCAUCUUCGACAGAAGAGGUCUCGGGAGCAAACAAUGAUUUGAGCGGAGGAUCUCGGAGGGAUGACGAACAAUUUGGAGUCUUUAAGGACUUCGAUUUCCUUGAAUAUGAGAGCGAAAGUGUCGAGGGUGAAAGUACAGACAACUUCAAUUGGGGUGUAAGACGAAGGCCUCUCAGUGAAGGAGAAGAGAGAGAACCGAGCUUGAAACUGCUAGAGGAAAGUCUUAGCGAAAGAACGCCAUCUUCUAGCAAACAUACUACGAGGCGAGGUGUGCUGGAAGAGUCAUCGGACGAUGAGGUAGGUUCAGAGUCUCCGUUAGACGAAUCACCCGGGGGACCUGGUGCAGGUCAAGAAGUCGCCUCGAUGCCCGGUAUGUUUCCGCCGUCCUCGCUAUCUCUGAUUCAAGGACGCACAAGGCAUGACUCAUCGACGAGAUCGGAUACCUCAGGAUCAAGCGCAGGCGAUUUGGGAGAUGUAACGCCUUGCAAUGCAUCACCAAAUCUCUCAUCGUUGAUGCCAUUCAGACAAGUUGUCAGAGAUGAUGCCGAGGAAAUAUGGAGACAACAAAUUCAAACUCUAACGACUCAAUCUCCCUAUAACAGCUUAGAUUUCUUCCAACUAUUAGGAAGAAUUUUACGAGAUGUAAGCAGCAAAUCUGUUGGCUUAACGCGUGAGGCAACAGCUCUACUGAACACUAGCACUCCAGCCUCGGCUCAGCUCGGAUCUCAUUUGUCUAGUCAUGCCGAACUACUAAGCUCCAAGGCUGAACCGCCGUUAGUUUGGUUUUCAACCAGUAUUUUUGCUAACCAAAGACUGAGUGAAUCUCUACGUUUUGGAAUGCUGGAGAUUCAAGAACACUUGGAAACUUUCCUUGAUCGGAAGGAUCAUGCGACAGAGUUUCUAGAAGCUGUGAAAGCAACGAGCAAGCUGAAUAUGCUCGGUGAGAGUCAUGCUGGAGAAACAGGGUUAGAAGAGAUACUAUUAGACCUAGGAAGAGCUCUGUAUAAGUUGCACUUUCAACUUUUGCUUCUCAUAGAAGCUUCGAACAAAAUGCUUUGUGCCCUGACUACAGCCGCCAACAACGUCCCAAUUCAACUCUAUGACAUGUCAAUAGAGGUAGCUUCGAUUAAGAUAGCACUAAGCAGGGCUCUCGAGGAAAGUACGGAAAGUGAACGAGGCACUCCCACACCCACACCGAGUCCAUCACCUGGGAUCGCUUCGGUAGAAGAAGCUGCUAGAGUAGCUGAAUUACUCAGAUCAGCACGAUGGUCUGCUGCUCUCGAAGCCGUGAGACUUCACAGAGUUCAAUGGCCUACAGAUCCUUUUCACGAUGACGACGAUGUAACGACUGCGGUCAAUAUGUACUGUAGACAUUUGAGUCAAGACAGAACCGAUGUCUUUGUGGUAACACGAACCGAAAGGGAAUUGACAGAUGUAUUUAAUAAGCUUAUGGAAAGUCUAUUUCAAGUGUUAGCUGCUAUCACAGGACUAGAAGUGUCGGCCAAGGCAGCAAGGGCACAGACUGAGCACUCUAAUCCACAAAACUGACUGCCAAUUAGCUAUAUUAUUUUAAUUUAAAAUACGUUGGAGUAGAUAAAUAUCCAUCGCAAUUCACAUUCAAAUGUUAUGUUGUCGCAUUAUGUAUGUACUACAUCAUUCGCGCACCUCUUUUUAUUGUGAUCAAUAAAAUUACUCUAAUUCUACGUUACAGUUAAUGUGGAUUUCAAUUCAUUAUGGAUUUGAACAAGCCUCCCUGGUGUUUGCGAUUUGCGACACUAGGUAUAAUAUUCUCGCAGGGCAUCAGAACAAUUAGAUUACCAAAAUGAAGGAGUUUAAAUCAAUUAAUGAAUUCUGUAAAUAGAUAUGACAUAUCAUUACUGUGAAUACUUGGUGGCUAUCGCACAGAAAAGAUCUAUCAUUCAAGACUGUACUUACGUACAACUGGCUACCGGUAGUAGGUUGCGAGAUUCUGAUGAGAUCUUGAUAAGAACAUUACCUGUAAAAUGAAUUGCAAAUGAAAUAAAGAUACAUGACCUUGAUGAAGAUAAA